AUUUGUCCUGUUGUAUUUCUCAAACAUCACAGGAAGAAUCAGUGCUGGGCUCUCAUACACUUUCCUGACUUCCUUAUCAAGUAAGUCAGCUGAUUCACCCAGCAUCCUCAGAUUUGUACAGUGGACCAAGAGAGCUCUGGGCGUGCAGCUGAAGAAACCACAAGCAAACAGACAUCAUGGAAAAGGGUCAGGGACCUCCCACGGCAAUGCCACCAAUGCAGGGAAUGUUAGACAUACCAGCACCGCCGUACCCAGGACCCCCUGUAAACAACACAGGAGUCUAUGUCCAAGCUCAGCCUGUUGUCCACCCUGUUCAGCCCACUACUCCCCAAUACGUUCUACAACAACCUCAGGUCUUACAGUCUGUGAACCAGGUGGUGGUGGUGCAGCAGUUACCAACUGAUGCUCCUGGACAGAUGGUGUGUCCUCGCUGCCAAAACACUGUAGUCACUAAAACCGAGUACAAAAAUGGUAUGCUCACCUGGCUGAUCUGUGGCAUAGUAGGUGUCUUCUUUUGCUGGCCUUGCUGUUUGAUCCCCUUCUGUGUGGAUGCUUGCAAGGAUGUGGAACAUUCCUGCCCCUUAUGUAACAACGUCCUGCAUGUCUAUAGACGCAGAUAAAACUGCGCUGUGCUGUAAAGUCUGCAGUAGCAACUCAAGAUAAAGAAGCUCACUGUCAUCAAAUAAAUGUUUGUUCAGGGGCCAAGACGACAUCUUGAACCAUGUGCUCACUUAUGUUAAAUGUAAUGUACAUAUGCGUAUCUAGAAAACUGAACAUGAGCCAAGAUUUCUUCUUUUUCUUAUGAUUUGAAAUGUGAAAUCACAUUGUAAAAAUAUAUAUAUAAUAUAAUAAUUAUAAUAUAAUGUAAUAUGAGUGAUGUAUCUGUAUGUUAAACCUCAGUGUUGAAUUCAGGAUGGAAACUCUGUCAUGAGUCUUAUUUUAUUCAAAUGAAAGUCCCCUGGAUUAUUGAAUUAAGAAAUGUUAUUUGCCUUUUUGCAUUUACAGCUACUAUGUUGAAAUCAUUUUGAUGGCAUAUUGAAUGUAUUGAAAUUUCAAUUCUUUGACACAUUGUUAUAAAAUAAAUAGUUCUUACCAAGGACAAAAUAUUUUAACAUUAACAAAAUCACAAUUUGUGGACAGUGCACUUAGGGGCAAGAGGAGAUACAUAAGAUACAUAUUUUCAUGAAACACUGACAUUAUAAAAAUAAUACUUGUAUCAUGUAAUAAUCAUCCUAAGCUAUGUUUAUUCAUUAAAUUCAUUCUGUUGACAAAGCCUUUACUUGGAAUAAUAACAUCUCACUGAUACUAUGGAAUGAUUUAAAUAAAUGAAUCACUAAAUAAUCA